AUGGCUGACGCGAGUGAUUUCAAGCUUCCAGAUUCAAUCGUCAGUCGGAUACUCAAGAGAAGCAUGCCUGAGUCCGGUAAUGUGAGCAAACUUGCUCGCACUGCGAUCUCGCACGCUGCCGCUAUUUUCGUUUUGUACACCACCACGCAAGCGUGCCAGGUUUCCAGCAAGCAUCGAAGGAAACUGGUGACUGGUGAUGAUGUCUUGCAAGCCAUGAAGGACAUGGAUUUCAGUGAAUUUGUGCCGGAUUUGGAAGACACCUUGGAGCAAUACCGGCAAUCGCAGGCAGCGAAAAUCAGAAGUAAGGAAGUGAAAGCUGAUGAAGAUUCGGUGCCCAUAGAACAUGAAUUUGAGGACCAUGACGAAGACGAUGACGAAAUGCCCGUUGAUACGGAGGGUGAUUCAGAAGCCGUCCUCGACACAGAAGAGGGGAUUGAACCGUCGAUAUGA